UCUCUCUCUCUCACACACACACACACACUCACACAGUUUUUCUCUUUCAAACACACGCAUACGCACACACACAGAGAACAGGAAGUAAAAGUGAGCAGAUGUACAGCAGAAGGUGAGAGAGAGGAAGAAGUUCUCUCUUACUUCUCUCUCGUGUGAAUGUGUGUAUUUCUUCCAGCGUUAAACACACACACAUGAUUGUGUGAGUUAGUGUGUUUGUGAAGAUGGAUGCACUGGACAUCUCCACACGAAACCCACAGGACGACUUUGAGAUUUUAAUGCGAGUUGGUGGAGGCACUUACGGAGAAGUUUAUAAGGCAUGUAAUAAACAGAAUGGAGAACUGGCAGCCAUUAAAAUAAUCAAACUGGAGCCUGAGGAUGAUUUCUCAGUCAUCCAGCAGGAGAUUGUGAUGGUGCGCAGUUGUAAGCACAGGAACAUUGUGGCGUACUAUGGCAGUUACAAGAGGGCUAAUAAACUGUGGAUCUGUAUGGAAUUCUGUGGUGGAGGAUCUUUGCAGGAUGUUUACCACGUGACCGGACCACUCACAGAACAUCAGAUCGCUUAUGUGUGUCGAGAGAUGCUGCAGGGUCUUGAUUACUUACAUGAACAGAAGAAGAUCCACAGGGAUAUAAAGGGUGCAAAUAUUCUUCUGAACGAUCACGGAGAAGUCAAACUGGCGGACUUCGGGAUCUCAGUUCAGAUCACAGCCACUUUUGCCCGCCGCAUGUCCUUCAUUGGCACUCCAUACUGGAUGGCACCGGAGGUGGCGGCGGUGGAGAUUAAAGGAGGUUAUAAUGAACUCUGUGACAUCUGGUCUGUGGGAAUCACAGCGAUAGAGCUCGCUGAACUACAACCACCGCUGUUUGACGUUCAUCCUCUCAGAAUUUUGUUCCUCAUGUCCAAGAGCGGCUACCAGCCUCCCAAACUCAAAGACAAGUCCAAAUGGUCCAGCUCUUUCUACAACUUUGUCAAGUCCAUGUUGAUCAGAAAUCCAAAGAAGAGACCCAGUGCUAAAAAGUUGCUGACGCAUUUUUUUUUGACUCAACCGUGUUUGAGUCAGGAUUUAACCAUUGAGCUGCUGGACAAACUCAGACAUCCAGAUAAACUCAAAGACUGUUUACACACAGAUGAAGAUGAUGGGGAGGUUGUUGUAAGUUCUGUCAGAAGAAUUCACUCAAUGAACCGACACAACCAGGCAGAGAGAACAAACUCAGACAUCCGCUUGGAUCAAAUUUACACACAAAGACCUGUGGCAGGUAAACGAGACUCUUCACACAGAAUGGUACAACGGUCAUGUGAUCAUAACACUGCUGCCAAUAAAGAGCCAAUCAGACAUGAGAGUUUGGACACAGAUGAUGACGAUGAUUAUGAUGACGUGGACAUACCUGCCGCACACUUCAUGAGCAACACACUGGAGUUCAGUGAUGUUCCUCCUCCUCUUCCUCCAAAACCAAAGAUUCGCACAAGUUCAGAGGAGAUCGUGACAGCAGAAGAUGUGGAGAGUAAAUCUUUUGGUGUCUGUGGUGCGACACCUUUAUUGAGGACCUCCAGUGGAACACACACACACACUCGACCCGUCCCACGACCACGCUCGGUACGCAACGUCAACUCAGACCCGUCGUCAUUCUCCAGUUUUUGCGCUGACGCUCCGGCCGACCCGAUGCCUCCUGAACUGCCGCCCAAGAAGGACAGAAGACGCAGACAAGCUCCACACGUGCCUCAGGAUGCGGUGGAGUGUGUCAGUGCAGUGGUCAGGAAACGACCGAUCGUCUUCAGGAAGGUUUUUCACGGCUGUCCGUUGAAGAUCAACUGCUCCACGCCGUGGGAACAUCCCGUCAGCAGAGAGAACCAUCUGAUUUUGGGGGCAGAUGAGGGAAUCUACACACUAAACCUCAACAGCUCUGAGACCACCAUGGAGCAGCUCUUUCCAGGCAAGUGUGUGUGGAUUUACACCAUCGGUAAUGUUUUAAUGUCGGUCUCAGGUAAAUCAUCUCAGCUUCACUCUCACUCGCUGAAGGAACUGUAUGAACAGUCACGCAGAGAACAUCGCAUAGUCGCCCUGCCUGCACACAGACUAUUACCACGGAAGUUUGUUAUCAGCUCAAAGAUUCCUGACACAAAAGGUUGCAGACGCUGUUCAGUGGCUUAUAACGCUCAGAACGGUUGUGUGUUUCUGUGUUGUGCGCUGGAGUCUGGUGUGGUUCUGCUUCAGUGGUACGAGCCCAUGCACAAGUUCAUGCUCAUUAAGCAAUUUGACUUCCCGUUGCCGUCGCCGCUGCGUGUGUUUGAGAUGCUGGCGGUACCUGAUCAGGAGUAUCCACACGUGUUCAUCAGAGUGAGCAGAGGAGCCGCUCCAACACAACCUGUUCACCUGGGAUCCAUCGAUCUCAACUCAAACACGUCCUGGUUCGCUGAUACUGGACUCGAGGGCCGCAGCGCUGAGAGAGUUCAGUUGAGUCAGCUGGAGAGCGACACGCUCCUGGUUUUGAUUGACAACUCGGUGCACACGCUCAGUUUGGACGGGUCACUGAAGAACUUCAAACAGCAGCCGAUAGACGUCACCUUUAAGAUGGACAUCGAGGCUGUGGUGCAUGUUGACGACACAUUGGUCGCCUUCUGGAAGCACGGAUGGCAGAGGAGAGGACCGGGAUCCUCUGACAUACUGCAGGAGAUCACGGACGCCAAAAACACCUUCCGCCUGCUGGGACACGACAGGUCUGUUGUCAUGGAGAAGCGAGCGUAUGAUGACCAAUCAGGACUGUGCAAUCUGUACGUCAUGGAGACGGUGGAUGAGUGUGUCCUGUGAAGACCACAAACAAACGUGUGAAUGUUUCAAAUGUCUGCGCCUUACUUUCCUUCUGUAGUGUUAAAUAAAACAUCAGUCCAGCUGCGACAACACACGCGUGUGUGCCUGUCAUCUGUGUAAAGUUAUUUUCAACAUUUCACUCAAGAAUUAACAGAAAAACACAAACUUCUCCUUCUAGAAACAUCUGAGCACAGUAUGGACAUUAAACAACAUGUACAACAUUGUUUGUGUGUGUGUGUGUGUGUGUUUGUCUUUCUGUCUGGUCACUUCAUGCUGACCCAUAAAACUCGGCUGAGAAUAUCAAACACAUCUGAAGCAUUUUUGUGUGUGAAGAAACAGAAGUGUUUGUGGAAUAAUAAAGUUGUGUUGUUUAAAGUAA